GGUGAGCUGAGAUCUGCAAGGUUGCACAGGGAGACAGAAGCAAGACGACAUAGAAGACAAAAUGAAUCUCAUGAACAACGAUCGGCUAGAUUAGAGCCACGCCGACAGCAAAAAGCCAAUGAAACUGAACAGCAGCGAUCUGAUAGAUGCCACCUUCAAACAGAUGCAGAGAAAAAUGCACGCCUAGCAUUUAAGAAUGCCUCAGUGAAUGCUGAAAACAAUGAUUUUGAUUUUCCACAGAAUUAUCUUGGGCCAAUGGACAUCAUUUGUAAACAUUGCCUAUCACUUAACUUUGAGGGGGAGAAGACAUGUAAUCAUCACGAUCAAUUCUCAAGAUGUUGCCAGAAGGGGCAAGUACAACUGUCUAAGUAUAAGCCUUACCCUGAAACAUUUCGGUGCCUCUUGACUGGUGAAGGUCCUGAGAGCAAGCAUUUUAUGAAAUGUAUUCGAUCUUACAACAGUUCAUUUGCAUUUGCAUCUACAGGUGCCAAUGUGAAGCCACCUGCUGGAAAUGGACCCUACUGCUUUCGAGUGUGCGGACAGAUAGUACACCGAACUGGAACACUUCACCCGAAUGAGCAAGAACAGAGGAAGUUUGCCCAAAUUUACAUUCUUGAUUCAGAUGAAGCAGCACAGCAUCGCAUGAGUCUCCCCGAAAAUAAACAUUGUAAUGAAAAUAUCAUGAGGAUAAUUGGAGAGGUAAUGCAAAACAAUUCAAUAGCACAAGCCCUCAAGAUGUUACAUGAGGUUGAGAGAGAAGCAAUUGAGAAGGCAGAGAAUGAAGGAAUUGAACCAACUAAAUUGGCAUUAGCCAUUGUCCAUGAUAAAAAAAAUGACAAGAGAAGAUAUAAUAGUCCAACUGGAAAUGAGGUGGCAAUUGUCUUCCAGACAAAAGAUGGAGAGCCUCCACUUCAAAGAGAUAUAAUUAUACAUCUCAGACCUGAUUCUCUAAACCCAAAUGGAGGGAUACAACGAGUAAGUAUACUACACGAAAAGCUGGAUGCAUUGACAUACCCCAUACUGUUUCCUGGAGGAGACGACGGAUGGACAACCACAAUUGCAAGAGUAAAGAAGAAUGGGGCACAGACACGAGAAAGAAUAAGUAUGAAGGAAUAUUUCUCUUACAGAUUGUCUCCUCGAUAUGAUGAAUUUAAUCCGAUAUUGAGUGCGGGAAAAUUGACACAACAAUACAUGGUGGAUGCUUAUGUGAGAGCUGAGGCGAAUGACUUGAACUGGGUGAAAAAUAAUCAGUCAACAUUGAGAUCAGAGAAAUAUAAUGGUUUAAUGGAUGCGAUAGAAUGGGAUGAGGAAGUUCAUGGGAGUAAUAACCUGAUAGGAAAAGCAGUUAUACUGCCUUCAAGUUUCCAGGGUGGAGUACGAAACAUGCAGCAGUAUUAUCAAGAUGCUAUGGCCAUUGUCACAAAGUAUGGAAAGCCUGAUUUAUUUGUAACAAUGACUUGCAACCCAAAAUGGAAAGAAAUAACUGAAAAUCUCAAACCUUGGGAAAAAUCUGAAUUCAGACCUGACUUGGUCGCACGAGUAUUUCACUUGAAACUUAAACAACUUCUUGAUGACAUUACAAAUAGGCGUAAGUCAUUAUUUGGGAAGGUUCUUGCACAUGUGCAUGUUAUUGAGUUUCAGAAGAGAGGUCUUCCACAUGCACACAUUCUGAUCAUCUUAGACACGGACGAAAAAAUUACCACUCCUGAAGAUAUUGAUAAAAUUGUGAAAGCAGAGAUUCCAGAUAAAGAGACUUCGCCACGACUUUUUGAAAUAGUCACGAAACAUAUGAUCCAUGGACCAUGUGGGAGGAGAAACCCUUCAAGUCCCUGCAUGGUUGACAGUGAUUGCACGAAGAACUUCCCAAAGUCCUUCUGUGAUGCUACGCUUGGAAAUUUGGAUGGAUAUCCAUAUUAUAGACGACGGAAUCAAGGAUCUGUUGAGGUGAAUGGGAAGUUGAUAGAUAAUAGCUGGGUUGUUCCUUACAAUCCAUACUUAUUACUAACAUAUAAUUGUCAUAUAAAUGUGGAGAUCUGUUCAUCAGUAAAGAGUGUGAAGUACUUAUACAAGUAUGUAUACAAAGGUCAUGAUUGUGCAAACCUUUGUAUUACUGAGAGGAACGAAAGAGAUGAGACGAAGGAGUAUGUGGACUCACGAUAUGUGAGUGCACCUGAAGCGAUUCAUCGAAUUUUUAGAUUCAAGAUGCAUGAUCAGUCGCACACUAUCUAUAGACUACCAGUACAUCUGCAAAAUGAACACAUUGUGUACUUUCAACAGGGAAAUGAACAGCUGGCUGCACAUCGAGCUCAGAGGAAAGAUACGAAAUUGACAGGAUGGUUUAAGUUGAAUGUAGUAGAUGAAACUGCGCAUGACUUUACUUAUUCCGAAAUAUCCAAACACUUCGUUUGGAAGGAUACGACUGCAAUGUGGGAAAGGAAACAAAUGGGAGGAGAGAAAGUGAUUGGGAGAAUGGUAAAUGUAAGUAUUAAAGACCCAGAAAGAUACUAUCUUCGAUUACUUUUAUGCCACGAAAAGGCAGUGACAUCUUUUCAACACUUACGAACAAUUGUGGUGAACAACGAGUCCGUUCAGGUAGGUACCUUUUGAGAGGCUGCGAAGUGCAAGGGAUAUCUUUUGGAUGACACAAUUUUGCAAGACACAAUUCAUGAUGCCAUUGUUUAUGCAAUGCCAUUCCAGCUUAGGCAAAUGUUUGCUUAUAUUCUGUGCUUAUG